AUGCAACAAAAACUUAAACAAAAAAAAAUUGAUGAAGAUGCAUUAAAGUUUCGAAGUACAGGUGUUGCACUUCCAGUAAAUGAAAAUGAAGAUCCAAAUGCAUCAGAUGAUCUGAACGUGUCAGAUGAUGAAUCAUCAAGUGAAUUUAUUGAAACAGAUGCUAAUGUUCAAACUGAAAGUAAUUGGAGAAGUGUAGUGUCAAGAUGGAUUAAUAUGUUAGAAGAUGAAUCAAAUGAAGAAUAUGAUAAUGAUAAUGAAAGUGAUAGUAAUGAUGAUGAUGAAGAACUUGAAAUUAAUGUUACAAAUAUAUCAAAUUUGCCUCAUCCUGCUAGAGAUCAAAAUUCUAAAUGGAAACUUCAAGAUAUUUUUAUUGAAAGUUUAGGGGAACCCAAUUAUUUGUCAGCUUUUAUUUUAGGUAACAAUUAA